AAGUUGCUGCUGGCCGGUAAAUAAACAAGAUGCGGCGCACAUUUCACAACAAGAAGUAAUACAAAUAUUUCCAAAAUGUGGUCUCAUCCAGCUCCUGUCUUUUGUCAACCUGAAUAAAUUUGGAACGUGCUUGUAUUGAGAAAUGCCUUUGCCAAGACUCACUGGUGCACUGCGUGCAUUCUCAUCCGUUUCGGCUGAGGAAAGUUAUGCAGAUUCAUUGGGAGUAGACUUGGUGACUAAACGGCAAAGCCAGGCCGAGCACACAUACGAGGAUGGUGUAACAUGGCAGAAGUUGAGGACAUCUUUGGAGAAGACAAGAAAUGUUAGUCACGAAGUAGUUGAUGGCUUGAGGGAGUUGGCUGAGAUCACCAGGGAGUUUGUUGGAUUUGAUGCUGGAACAACUCUGGUUGACAGUAUAGCUGUGUUUCUUUUCGAAACCUUGAAGGACAGCGAAAGAAUAAGUCAGAAAGAAUCUUUAGCUAUCAAGAGAAAACUAGGCCCUUUCCAAGCGUCAGUAGCAACCAAAGCUUGCAACAUUGUCCAGUCGAUUGUGAAGCAUGUACCAGAGAAGAUAUUACAGAACCUCUUUGAAAAAAAAUGUAAUAAUCUCAAAGAAUUUGGUGAGAACAUCCAUUUCUCGUAUGACCAGCAGACACAUGAUUUUGCAUUGAAUGUAGAAGAAUCUGACGACGAACCAAUCGGAUUUGAUUUUGAUAUGAAAUAUGAUGUUAAUAAUUCUACGAAACCAGCCAAGGCUUCUGCCGCAUCAGCAUAUGACUUAAAGUGGUUGAGGUCGCAGGUUAAGUUUUUCUUCGGAGGUGAUGAUAUUACUUCAGUUGGGCUGACUGCCGAUGACCUUUGCGCCAAGAUCCUAAAUGAUCUUAAGUCAUCUAGUACCAAUGAUGAACUGCAAGAUGUUCUUUUUGGAUUUCUGGGAUUUGAACGCUUUGAAUUCAUCCAGAAUCUGCUCAUCAACAGAAAGCACAUUGUCGAAGGAAGCAAUGAGAUGCUCACAAAAAGAGUUGUGAAGGAAGACAUACCAGUGAGACCAAAUUAUGGGGCACAAGUAACAGUCCAGUCUUCUAAGGAGAAAGCAUUGUCUCGUCAAAUACGCAGAGAUGAGAAGAAGAUUGCGAGAAAAGAAGGCAGAGGAAAAAAUGCUGAAAAUAAUGUAGAAGAUGUUGAGGAAGAUUUUAAUCCACAAUAUUUAAAAGCCGAAAGAGAGCGUGCAUUACGAGAGGCAAAGCGGAAUCCAUUGCUUACUAAACGUUCAUCAGCACCGCAGCAGAAUGUUUAUCCAUAUGUGUUUGAUUCUCUAAAGAGUGCUCAAGCAUCAUCGUCAUUUAUUGGAGGUUCCAAGAUGAUUCUCCCCGAAGGCCACGAAAAGCACAGCAAUAAAAUGUAUGAAGAAGUUCAAAUACCGCCCUCUAUGCCACCACCAACAAGCAUUGGACAAUAUAGAGUGAAAAUUGCAGAUCUAGAUGAGAUAGUGCAGUUAGCAUUUAAGAAUACAAGGUCCCUGAAUCGUAUCCAGUCUGUGGUUUGUGAUGCAGCUUAUUACAGCAAUGAGAAUCUGUUGAUUAGCGCCCCCACGGGUGCUGGUAAAACCAACAUCGCAAUGUUAACCGUACUACGAGAAGUUAAGCAGCAUAUACACGAUGGUGUCAUCAAGAAGGAUGAAUUUAAGAUUAUUUAUGUAGCACCAAUGAAAGCACUAGCAGCGGAGAUGGUGAGGAACUUUGGGGAACGGUUGUCACCCCUUGGUAUUUCAGUCAAGGAGUUGACUGGUGAUGUGCAGCUGACCAAAGCUGAAAUAAUGAAAACACAGAUGUUAGUGACAACCCCUGAAAAGUGGGAUGUGGUGACAAGGAAGAGCACAGGUGAUGUGGCAUUGACCCAGCUUGUUAGGUUGUUGAUAAUCGAUGAAGUGCACCUACUACAUGAGGACAGGGGGGCAGUCAUCGAAAGUCUUGUGGCCAGAACACUUCGCCAGGUAGAAUCUUCUCAGAGUAUGAUACGUAUAAUUGGGUUAUCGGCCACUCUUCCAAACUACCUUGAUGUUGCCAGGUUCCUGAAUGUCAAUCCAUACAAAGGACUAUUUUAUUUCGAUGGAAGGUUUCGACCUGUUCCCUUGGGUACUACGUACAUCGGUAUCAAGACUAACAACGUGAUGCAGCAGCGACAGGAUAUGGAUGUCGUCUGCUAUGAAAAAGCUUAUGAGGUUGUUAAAAGUGGUCAACAGGUGAUGGUGUUUGUUCAUGCGCGCAAUGCGACUGUACACACUGCGAUGAACCUGGUGGAAAUAGCUAAGAACCAAGGGCAGGCAGAGAUGUUCAAGGCUAAGCCAUCACCACAAUUUGGCACUGCUCUAAAACAGGUUUCAAGAUCAAGAAAUAAACAACUGAGGGAGCUAUUCAAUGAUGGCUUCUCCAUACAUCAUGCUGGAAUGCUUAGGCAUGACAGGACAAUGGUGGAGCGACUCUUUUCUGAUGGUCAUAUUAAAGUACUCUGCUGUACAGCUACCCUGGCUUGGGGUGUUAACCUGCCUGCACAUGCUGUUAUUAUAAAGGGAACUCAGAUCUAUGAUGCUCAGAAGGGUUCAUUCAAAGACCUUGGAAUUCUAGAUGUCCUCCAGAUCUUUGGACGUGCAGGGCGCCCUCAGUACGAUACACAUGGGGAAGGAUUGAUUAUUACAACUCAUGAUAAGCUCACUCAUUACCUGUCGUUGAUGACGAGGCAGAACCCAAUUGAAAGCCAAUUUAUUGAGAAUCUUGCAGACAAUCUGAAUGCAGAGGUGGCUUUAGGAACGGUAACCAAUGUGGAUGAAGCUGUUAAGUGGUUGAGCUACACUUAUCUGUUUGUAAGAAUGUACAUGAACCCGCUAGCAUAUGGACUCAACCAUAAGGCAAUGCAGGAUGAUCCUGGACUUGAGAAUCAUCGUAGAGACCUAAUCUGCGUGGCCGCAAAACAGCUUGAUAAGACACACAUGCUUCGAUUUGAUCAGCGUACUGGUUACUUAAACUCAACCGACUUAGGCCGGACUUCCAGUCAUUUCUACAUUAAGUGCGCCACAAUUGAAAAGUUUAAUGAGACCCUCCAGCCGCUAAUGACAGAAGCUGAUGUGUUUAAUAUGGUGUCACAAGCACAGGAGUUUGAUCAGAUUAAAGUACGAGAUGAUGAAUUGAAGGAGCUUGACCGACACGUGCAUGACAGCUGCGUUAUGCCUGCAGCAGGUGGCGUAGAAAAUGCCCACGGUAAAGUCAACGUACUUCUACAGGCAUUUGUUUCAAGACAGUACCUGGACAGCUUCUCACUUGUAUCUGAUUCUUCUUACAUUGCUCAGAAUGCUGCUAGGAUAGUUCGAGCACUGUUUGAAGUUUGCCUUCGUCGAGGUUGGCCCUUGAUGGCUUAUCGUCUGUUGGUAUUGUCUAAAACAGUUGAUAAACGUCUUUGGCCUUGGGAGAAUCCUCUUCGUCAAUUUCCCAUCCUCUCCAAUGAAAUUCUCAAAAAGUUAGAAGACAAGAACUUGACUAUAGAUCGAAUCAAGGAUAUGGAACCGAAUGAAGUUGGUCAUAUGAUUCACCAUGUACGAAUGGGAAAGAUUGUGAAGCAGUGUGUUCAACAGAUUCCAUCCAUUGCUCUUGACGCCUCGAUCCAGCCAAUCACAAGGUCUGUACUGCGUGUACAGCUGAAGAUCACAUCCGAGUUCCACUGGAAUGAUAAGGUGCAUGGUACAAGCUCUGAGCCCUGGUGGAUCUGGGUCGAGGAUCCAGAAAACAAUCAUAUUUAUCAUUCAGAAUACUUCCUUUUUCAUAAAAAACAUGUUGUGAAUGAAGAAGAACAGUCAUUGGUGUUCACCAUCCCAAUCUUUGAGCCGCUCCCAACACAGUACUAUGUAAAGGCGGUAUCAGACAGAUGGAUAGGAGUUGAGACCGUCUGCCCAAUGUCUUUCCAGCAUCUCAUCUUGCCAGAGAAACAUCCACCUCAUACAGACUUAUUGGACUUGAACCCAUUGCCAAUAACAGCACUGAGAAACCCAAUGUAUGAAGCAUUGUACCCAUAUACCCACUUCAACCCUAUACAGACACAGGUAUUUCAUCCCGUCUACCACACAGACCACAAUAUACUACUCGGUGCUCCAACAGGCUCAGGAAAGACUGUUGCUGCUGAAAUGGCAAUGUUUAGAGUUUUUAAUGAGUACCCAAAAACCAAGGUUGUUUACAUUGCUCCACUCAAAGCUUUGGUAAGAGAAAGGAUGGAGGAUUGGAAAGUACGUCUUGAAAAAAAACUUGGCAAACGUGUGGUGGAACUGACUGGGGAUGUGACCCCAGAUAUCAAAGCAAUAGGCAGGUCGGAUGUGAUCAUCACCACGCCAGAGAAGUGGGACGGCAUUAGUCGUAGCUGGCAGAAUCGUAAUUAUGUCAAAGCAGUGUCAGUCAUUAUCAUUGAUGAGAUUCAUCUUUUAGGUGAUGACCGUGGCCCAGUUCUUGAGGUCAUCGUCUCUCGUACAAAUUUCAUCUCAUCCCAUAUGGAAAGGAAAGUAAGAAUCAUUGGUCUGUCGACAGCUUUAGCAAAUGCAAAGGACUUAGCUGAUUGGCUGGGAAUAACACAACUAGGCUUAUUCAAUUUCCGUCCAUCAGUUCGUCCGGUUCCACUUGAGGCACAUAUUGAAGGGUUCCCAGGAAAACACUACUGCCCUCGUAUGGCCACUAUGAACAAACCAACAUUUAAAGCAAUCAAAACCCACUCUCCUACCAAACCAACAUUAAUAUUUGUGUCGUCACGAAGACAGACACGGUUGACUGCUUUAGAUCUGAUUGCUUACUUAGCAACGGAUGAAAAUUCAAAGCAAUGGCUUCACAUGCCUGAAAAUGAGAUGGAAUCUAUAAUUAGUGGAAUCAAAGAUCAUAACUUAAAACUAACAUUGGCUUUUGGCAUUGGUAUGCAUCAUGCCGGGCUCCAUGAUAGGGAUAGAAAGACUGUUGAGGAGCUGUUUGUUAACAUGAAAAUACAGGUUUUGAUUGCAACAAGCACUUUGGCUUGGGGUGUUAACUUCCCUGCUCACCUGGUAGUGAUUAAGGGUACAGAGUUCUUUGAUGGCAAGACAAAGCGUUAUGUUGAUUUCCCAAUUACAGAUGUUCUUCAGAUGAUGGGUCGUGCAGGACGACCUCAGUUUGACGAUCAGGGUGUUGCCGUGAUUCUAGUACACGACAUCAAGAAACAUUAUUACAAGAAAUUUCUUUAUGAACCUUUCCCUGUUGAAUCUAAUUUGUUGGAUGUACUACCAGAACAUUUAAAUGCAGAGAUUGUUGCAGGAACAAUCACAUCUAAACAAGAUGCCAUGGAUUACAUAACAUGGACGUACUUUUUCAGACGACUAUUAAUGAACCCCAGUUUUUAUCAGCUGGAUAAGACAGACCAUGCCACAAUUAACAAGUACCUUUCCCACCUUGUAGAGCGGUCUUUGAUUGAUCUUGAGUUGUCCUAUUGUGUUCUUGUCGGUGAGGAUAAUCGUUCAGUUGAGCCCCAGACCUUGGGAUGUAUUGCCUCAUUCUACUACUUAAACCAUAAAACACUGAGGAUGUUUCAUGACCAUAUUGUUGCUGAGUGUAGCAUACCUGAACUCAUCAACAUUUUAUCAAAUGCACAUGAGUUUAAUGAGCUUCCAGUAAGACACAAUGAAGAUGGAAUUAACAGUGAACUAUCAAAGAAACUACCUUUGGAGGUGAAACAGCAUACAUUCGAUGACCCACACACCAAAGCUCACCUACUGUUCCAGGCCCACUUCUGUAGGUUACAGCUGCCAAGUAGUGAUUACAACACUGACACAAAAUCCGUCUUAGAUCAGGCAAUAAGAGUGUUGCAGGCUAUGUUAGAUGUAACCGCUGACAACGGUUUCCUGGUAACUGCAUUGUCCACCAUCAACCUUAUCCAGAUGGUACUGCAAGGCCGCUGGAUUCAUGAGUCUAGUCUUCUUACAAUUCCACAUGUAGAUGCAUCAACACUAGCAUUAUUCAAAACACGAUCAGCAUUGAUUGAAAGUUUGCCAGAAUUAGUGCAUCAUUGCCGUGGUAACAAAGUGACACUUCAUAACUUUCUUUCUGGCAAAUUGAGUGACAGGCAGAUAAAUGAGGCCUGGGAUAUGUUGCAAAAACUACCAAUGAUAGAGGUAGAUGUGAACAUACAAGGAGUCUGGGUUGACAGCACAGAAAAUGAACAAAGAUUUGUACCAAUUUCUUUUAUCAGAGGGCUACCCAAGGAUAAAGAUUACAUCCAGGUUCACACAGAUAAGGAGUAUGUGUUACUCAUCAAUCUCAGGCGAAUCAAAGGAGGAACUAAUGACAAGAAAGCAGUAGCACCAAGAUUCCCAAAACCAAAGAGUGAAGGGUGGUUUAUGAUCCUGGGAGAUAUUGAAAACAAAGAAUUAUUAGCCUUAAAGAGAGUGAGCUAUGUGACUCGCACAUCAACUGUUCAGGUCUCCUUCUUUACUCCUGAAAAUACUGGUCAAGUGAUAUAUACAUUGUAUUUCCUGAGUGACAGUUACCUCGGUCUUGAUCAACAAUACAAUAUUUGUCUAGAUGUAGUAACAGCAGAUACUAAGGUCAAAGAUCAACUGGUGGAUGAUAUAUAGUAUGAUUGGGAUAAAUGAAGAAUGCAGAAUAGACAACUCAAUUUAUGGCAUACACAUCAUCAAUUAAUAUAAGUAUAUACAAGUAUGUAUAAUGUAUGU